UACUAUAAUUUUCCUUUAAGAUUGAGGCACAUAAUUCAUCAUGCUCUAGUGUUGGUUGGAUAGUUCGAUGUUUUGGCAUCACUAAGGACCCAGAAACAGAAAAUUUUAUGAUGAUAAUGGAAUUAAAAGAAGGUAGUUUAAGGCAGCAUUUAAAUAAUAACUUUAUUUCAAUGGAUUGGGUGCAAAAGUUUUGUAAUCUGUAUGGUAUUGUAAGUGGUCUUAAGGGAAUUCAUAAUAGUGGGUUAAUUCAUCGUGAUUUUCAUAGUGGCAAUAUAUUAAGUGAUUUGAUUGGUACUUAUAUUACUGACUUGGGAUUAUGUCAACCGGCAAAUGUACAACCCUCUCAAAAUACUCAAAAUAGUAAUAAAGAAAUAUAUGGAGUAUUGCCAUAUGUAGCUCCAGAAGUUAUAAGAGGAAAAGAAUAUACUCAAGCAAGUGAUAUUUAUGCAUUUGGAAUUAUUGCAUAUGAAAUUUGUACAGGUCUGCCUCCUUAUCAUGAUGUAGCUCAUGAUGAAUUCUUAGCUAUAAAAAUUUGUCAUGGAUUGAGACCAAAAAAUAAUUAUAAAAUUCCUCAACUACUUCUUGAUAUAAUUAAUCAAUGUUGGGAUGCAGACCCUUUAAAACGACCUGAUGUUAAUAAAUUAUAUGAGUUAUUAUGGAAUUUAUUUAAUUAUGCUUAUAAUACAUUUGAUCCUGCAAUUGAUAAACAAAUUAAAGAAGUGGAAAAAAUUAAUAAAGAAUCAACUUAUUUAUCAACAUCAUCACCUUUAUUAUCUAAUGGCACUUUUUCAUAUAUGACACAUCCUCAAGCGAUUUACACGAGUAAACUUUUAGAUUUUAAAAAUCUUCCAGAACCAAAAAAUACUAACAAUAAUGAAGAUUUACUUGGAAGUGAAUAUUCAGAAUCUAUGAGUUUUGAUUUUUCUAAACUCGAUAUCAAUUCUAAAGAUGAAAACAAUUGAUUGAAAAGCCAAGGGAUUAUGUAAAGCUUUUUCAACAUUUAUUUUGGGAUAUAUAAAUGUGAUUUAUUUAAACAAUAUUGGUGGCGUAGAUCAUGGCGCAGUGAAGUCAUUUGAUUAGAUGGUAGAUUUUAUUAAACAUCAUAAAUUUUAUGUAUUUUAUUUUAUAUAAAUAUUAAAUAUUUUUCUUAAGUAUGUGAUUUGGUUUGAGAUUAACUUAUUAACUUUUCAAUAAACUCUUAUAUUAAAAAAUGAA